AUGUUUUCGCGAGGCCGUCUGAAUUUCGCGUGUGCAGCUAGCCUCUCCGUUGGCCACGACUGUCAGGCGGAAGCUGACGUGUCAGUGACAAUAGCGGAGGGUGACACAGCAGGGGGCGUUAAGUCAGCAGACAAGGGAGCAGAAAGGACAGCGGACAGCGCAGCAGCACAGGAUGGCGAGACGCAACAGAAGGAGGGAAUGCUGCAGGGAUUCGCGGAAAAAGACUCUAGCCGGUCGUCCUGGCGUGGAUGUGCUGACAUGGCGGGUGGGCGUGGGGGCGUGGGGCGAAUGGCGCGGGGGGAACGGCAGCGCGUGGUGGAGGCGGCGCUGGAGACGACUGAGCAGGACAACGAGGCUGUGAUGGGGAAGAUCCGCGCCCGGCUGGAGAGGUGCGUGAGUGGGAUGGGGCAAGGUGAUGGGAAAGACUCGCGCCCAGCUGGAGAGAGGUGCGUGGGGUUUAAAGAGGUUGAGGGGAGGCAGAUGCGUGGACAGAGGAAAAGGGAAGAAGAGGGGCGUGGGAUUCGGGGGGAGGAGGAGGCAGAGGCGCUGAAGACGAGUGAGCACGACACCCGAAGCAGUGAUGGGAAAGAUUCUCGCUCGCCUGGAGAGUCAAUACUUCGCGGCAUGCGUCUGUUGCCAGACAAGAGGCGUGUCCCCAUCCUCCACCUAACGUAUUUUCUGCCCUUUUCCCCAUCUCUCCUCUUCCACCCUCACCUUGGCCGCGCUGCUCCCCAUCUCCCCCUCCCCUCCCAGUCAAUGCUACGCAGCAUGCGUCUGCUGCCAGACAAGAGGCGCCGCUUCCCCAUCCUCCACGGCUGCAGCGGCGUGCUCAAGCCGGGCAGAAUGACGCUUCUCCUGGGCUCUCCUGGCGCUGGGAAGACCACCCUCAUGACCGCCCUGGCAGGCCACCUGGACAGACACCUGAAGCUCACUGGCUCCAUCACGUACAACGGGCAGCAGCUGAAAGAUUUCAACCCUGCCCGAACGGCAUCCUAUGUGCCGGAGUGUGACGAGCACAUAGGCGAAAUGACCGUGAGGGAGACAAUGGACUUUUCCGCGCAGCUGCAAGGGAGGGGGCCGUUCCGAGUGCUGGUGGAGGAGUUGGAGAGGAGGGAGAAGGAGAUGGGAGUGGAGCCGGAUGCAACAACAGCACUGCUCAUGAAGGCCAUGGCAGUGGAGGCCAAUCCGUCCAACAUGGUUACCAACUACAUCCUCCAGCUGUUGGGGCUGGGCAUCUGUGCGGACACUGUGGUGGGCAACGCCCUCGUGCGCGGCAUCUCAGGCGGCCAGAAGAAACGACUCACCACAGGCGAGGAACUAGUGGGAAUGCGGCAGGUGCUGCUGAUGGACGAGAUCAGCACGGGUCUCGACUCCUCCACCACCUUCCUCAUCGCGCGCUGCCUGCGCCAUCUCACCCAUUCACUCCGCACCACCACGCUCAUCGCGCUGCUACAGCCCGCCCCCGAGACCUUUGCGCUCUUUGACGACGUGCUGCUGCUGGCGGAGGGGCACGUGGUGUAUCACGGGCCCCGGGAGGGCGUCAUGGGGCUGUUUCGGUCGCUGGGGUUUGAUUGCCCUCCUAGGAAAGGAAUCGCAGAUUUCCUGCUGGAGGUGACUUCAGCAAAGGACCAGGCACAGUAUUGGGUGGAUAAGUCACAGCCCCACGAGUUCAUGGCAGCAGGGGACAUGGCUGCUGCUUUCCGCCACUCCGCACUCGGCAAGCAGAGACAGGCAGAGCUGGCGACCCCAUUCCAGCCAGCAGAGUCGUCCACGUCAGCACUGGAAACGGCCCCCUACGCUCUCUCGCCCACUCAGAUGCUGACAGCUGUCUUUGCCCGGGAGUGGCUACUGAUGCGGCGCAACGCGCUGCUCUACAUGGCUCUCAUCAUGCAGGUGAUAUUCACGAGCCUCAUGUCGUCCACAGUCUUCCUGUACACGCAGCGGUCCAUCACAGCCAAGGACGGCAACAUCUACCUGGGAGUGCUCUUCCUGGGCAUCACCAUGAUGCUCUUCAACGCCUUCUUCGAGCUCCUCCUCUUCACGCUCCGCCUCCCCAUCUUCUUCAAGCAGAGGAACACGCGCCUCUACCCCGCGUGGGCCUGGGUGCUGCCCAUGGCUGUGCUCUCGCUGCCGCUGUCGGCCGUGGUGGCGGCGCUGUGGACUGCUGGCACGUACUUUCUUGUUGGGUUUGCUCCGGAAGCUGGCAGGUUCUUCAUCCAGCUGCUCAUAUUCUUCCUCAUCCACCAGACCGGGGUGGCUCUCUUCCGCCUGCUGGGGGCGGUCGGGCGCAACCUCGUGGUCUCCAUCACCCUCGGCAACUUUGCCUUCAUCAUCCUCUUCCUCCUCGGCGGCUUCAUCGUCGCCAAAGACGACAUCCAGCCGUGGUUCAUCUGGGCCUACUGGAUGUCGCCCAUCACCUACACGCAGAACGCCCUCUCAGUCAACGAGCUCCUCGCCCCCAGGUGGCAAAAGGUGCGUGCCGUGGAAGUCACUAGUGCUGAGCAGCGUGCCAGGUGGCAGAAGGUGAGGGGCGAGCCGGGUGGCAGAAGGAGAGGGGCGUGCCAGGUGGCAGAAGCACCGCUAAUCCCCAACUCCACAGUGGGGCUGGUGGUGUUGGAGGGGAGGGGCCUCCCCACGGAGAGCAAGUGGGUGUGGAUCGGCGUGCUGGCGCUCAUCGGCUUCACUCUCCUCCUCAACGCCCUCGUUGUCAACUCCCUGUUCCCCUCCCCACAUCCCAUGUUCCCUGCUCUUCCUUCCUUCUCCACCCCGCCCACCAACUACUGCAUAACACCUACCCAUCUCAUCAACCCCAUACAUACCAUGCCACGUCAUCAUCCCACUUCAGCAUGGGCCAAGGACCAGCCAGUAACAGAAGAACAGCUGGACGCGAGAAUAGAGGCAGCAGUGGGCCUCACAGCCGCCACAGCCACCAGCAGACGCCUCUCGAAGCACUACAGCACUGGCAGCCGGCGCAAUUCAGAGAGUCAUGGCAGGGGGGGAGGCAUGGAUGGGGAUGCGAUGCCCAUCAGCAUCAGCAUCACGCGCAGCCAGUCGGGGCAAAGCGCCCGCUCUGUUGGGUCGCGCAGCGGUGGAGCCCUCGAGCGGUACUGUGAGCGAGGUGAGAGGGAGUUGAGAGGGGUGCAGCGAGGUGAGAGAGGGGUGAGAGCGGCGCAGCGAGGUGAGAGAGGGGUGAGAGCAGUGCAGCGAGGUGAGAGAGAGUUGAGAGCGGCUGCAAGCGAGAACGACAGGGAUAACCUUUCUCCCUCUUUGCCCUCCAUGUCUCUCCUCUCUCCAUCUCCCCUCUUUGCCCUCCAUGUCUCUCCUCUCUCCAUCUCCCCUCUUUGCCCUCCAUGUCUCUCCUCUCUCCAUCUCCCCUCUUUGCCCUCCAUGUCUCUCCUCUCUCCAUCUCCCCUCUUUGCCCUCCAUGUCUCUCCUCUCUCCAUCUCCCCUCUUUGCCCUCCAUGUCUCUCCUCUCUCCAUCUCCCCUCUUUGCCCUCCAUGUCUCUCCUCUCUCCAUCUCCCCUCUUUGCCCUCCAUGUCUCUCCUCUCUCCAUCUCCCCUCUUUGCCCUCCAUGUCUCUCCUCUCUCCAUCUCCCCUCUUUUCCCUCCAUGUCUCUCCUCUCUCCAUCUCCCCUCUUUGCCCUCCAUGUCUCUCCUCUCUCCAUCUCCCCUCUUUGCCCUCCAUGUCUCUCCUCUCUCCAUCUUCCCCACCACGCCUGCACUGCAGUCUCAUCGUCUCGCUCCAUGGGACACACAAUCGAGCCCUCCCUGUCCCGGGACCUCUCUGUACCGCCCACCACCACUCGCGGCAUGGUGCUCCCCUUCCUCCCACUCCCCGUCGCCUUCCACAAUGUGUGCUACUGGGUCGACAUGCCGCCCGCCAUGCGCUCCCAUGCCGCCCACGCCGCCGGCAACUCCGCCGCCCGCCUGCAGCUGCUGAGAAACGUCUCGGGGGCGUUCCGGCCGAAAGUGCUCACCGCGCUGGUGGGGGUGACAGGCGCGGGGAAGACAACACUCAUGGAUGUGCUAGCAGGGAGGAAGACCGGGGGGUAUAUAGAGGGAGAUGUGAUGGUGGCUGGGCACCCCAAGGUGCAUGAGACGUUCGCCCGCGUGUCGGGGUACUGUGAGCAGAGCGACAUUCACUCGCCGCAGGUCACGGUGCAUGAGAGCCUGCUGUUCUCCGCGUGGCUGCGCCUUCCCAGGGAUAUCGAGAGGGACGUGCGGGAGGAGUUUGUGGAGGAGGUGAUGGAGCUGGUAGAGCUGGACGUGCUGAGGGGCGCGCUGGUGGGGCUGCCGGGGGUGAAUGGGCUCAGCACGGAGCAGAGGAAGCGCCUCACCAUCGGCGUCGAGCUCGUGGCCAACCCCUCCAUCAUCUUCAUGGAUGAGCCCACCUCAGGUCUGGAUGCGAGGGCAGCAGCCAUUGUGAUGCGAACGGUGCGCAACACGGUGGAUACGGGGCGCACUGUAGUGUGCACCAUCCACCAGCCGUCCACCGACAUCUUUGAGGCCUUUGACGAGCUGCUCUUAAUGAAGACAGGAGGAGAGGUUAUCUACAUGGGGCCUUUGGGAGUCAACUCGAAGCAUCUCAUCAAAUAUCUUCAGGCCAUUCCCGGCGUGCAGCCCAUCCCUGACGGCUACAACCCCGCCACGUGGAUGCUCGAGGUCACGGCGCCGGCUGCUGCUGAGAGCAUUGGGGCUGACUUUGCAGAGAUCUUCAGGAAUUCGCAGCUGUUCAGGGACAACGAGGCACUGAUAGCCUCUCUUUCCACCCCGCCUCCCAACACAGAGCCUCUCCACUUCCCCACGCGCUACUCCACGUCCUUCCUCACGCAAUUCCUCGCCAACUUCUGGAAGCGCGCCCUCAUGUACUGGCGAGCCCCCGACUUCAACGCUGUCCGCUUCUUCCUCGCUGUCUGCAUCUCGCUCCUCAUGGGAGCCGUCAUGUUCGGGUUCGGGCACUACCACGCCACACAGCAGGACGUGCUGAACGUCAUGGGCGCGCUGUAUGUGACGUCGCUGCUCAUGGGGUGGAACGCUGCGACUUCGCUCCAGCCCAUGCUGUGUACUGAGCGAACGGUGUUCUACCGGGAGCGGGCCGCCGGGCUGUACGGGUCGCUCCCGUACGCGCUAGCGCAGGGGGCGAUCGAGACGCCGUAUGUGGUGGUAGAGACGCUGCUGUUCUGCGUGAUUACCUACGCGCUGCUCGAGCUCCAGUGGACGGCCGGCAAGUUUUGGAUGUACUGCGCGUUCAUUUGCCUGACGCUGCUGUGCUUUGCGAGCUUCGGCAUGAUGGCGGUGGCCAUCACGCCCAAUGAGCUGCUCGCUGUGGUGCUCAGCGGCUUCUUCGUGAUGCUCUGGAACCUCAUGUGCGGCUUCCUUAUCCCCCAGCCGGAAAUUCCUGUGUGGUGGAGCUGGUUCUACUACAUCAACCCCAUCGCCUGGUCACUCUACGGCCUCAUCACCUCCCAGCUGGGGGACAUUCAGGACCCACUCACAGUGCCAGGCUAUCCAGUCCAGAUCACGGUGCAGCAGUUUCUGGACCUGUAUCUGGGUUACCAGGAGCAGUGGAUUGGUUACGCCAGCCUCAUUCUCGUGGCCUUCUCCGCACUCUUCUUUGUCGUCUUUGCCGUCGCACUCAAAGUCAUCAACUUCCAAAAACGCUAG